AUGAUCAGUCUUACCGAGCGGGGCAAUUUAACACACUUCGCUAGUGUAGGCGAAAUCCUUUGCAAAAAUGAUAUCCAAGUAACUAGCUCUCUGGAUCUCUCGAAAUCUGCAGUAAUUCUUCUCUACGAUGGUUCACCGCCCUCCUUCCCCGAAGAUGCCCUUUUCCAGGACAUGUUCCUUAAACCUCCCGGUUUCUUUUCGCCAUUAAACUAUGGAUUCUCCUGGUGGGAAGAACUGUUGACGGUGCCGUCAUCUUUUCUCACAGGCCACGCUUUGGAAAUGGCUGAAACCAAGAAACCAGUGACAACUCCUGUCGGGAUGAAAAGAAGAGCUCAAUCGGAUAUUGGACUGUCUGACCUGAUAGCUGGUCGUUGCGCUGAACAGGGCGCUUCCACUCCGCCGGCUGCUAACAAGGCCAAAUGCGCUGCACCUUUCCUUCUCCCCGAGGCCCUCGCAGAUGAUGCCUUUGAUCGCACCCAGCUCCUUUUGAACACUGAUCAGAUGAUCUCAUACAGAUGUUUAUUCCCACAGGAAACGUAUGAGCCCGUAACCUCUUCCAGUCCCAUGUUCGGUUUGGACUGUGAGAUGGUUAUCACAAAAGUCGGCAGUGAGUUGGCUCGUGUCACAAUCGUUGAUGAGCUCGGCUGCGCCCUCAUGGACAGACUUGUAAAACCUCCAAAUCCUGUUGAAGACUACGUCACUCGGUUCAGUGGCAUUACCCACCAAAUGCUCGCCGGUGUGGACACCCGUCUCGCUGACAUUCAACAGGAAAUGAGACAAAUACUGCCCCCAGAUGCGAUCCUCGUGGGACAUUCUAUUGAAAACGAUCUUAAGGCACUGAAGAUUUUCCAUCCGUACAUAAUCGACACCAGUGUCAUCUUCAAUAUGUCUCAGUGCCGUACUGGAAAGCCAAAACUACGGAAUCUUGCUCAAGCUUUUCUCGGGUACGCAUCCUUAUUCAAGAUAUUUGUCAUGGUUGGCAGAAGCCCGCCAGAGGACGACUUCUCAAGUAAUUAUCCUACAUCUCAUCCGUAUACAACAACCCCCCUUGAAGACCAAUGUUUUUACAAGCUAUCUUAA